AUGGAGCUGUCGGCGCACGGCGGCAGUCGCGCGGCCUCCGGGUCCCGAUCCAACAGCUCGGAGGACGUCUUCGCUGCCCGCUCUCCGGUGUACGACGAGAAGAAGAACGGGCCGCGCUCGUGUCCGUCGGCGUUCAACGGCGAGGAGGCGAACCCGACGAGGUUUUCGCCGCAUAGACGACGACAGCCGCGUAACGGGGAGCUGAUCGUGUCCAAGCUGCUGCCCACGCGCGACAGUGUGAACAGUCUCCUGACGUAUCUGCACGAGCUGCAGAUAUCGGAGGCGAGCCUACGCAAGCAGUUGCUCAAGACCAAGCAGCACACAGAAGAGGAGCUGUACCAGUCGCUGUCGAAGCUGACUGAGCUGCAAAGAACCAUGCACGAGGUGGAGCGAGAUCGACGAAUAGCGCAG